UGUUAGUCGUUUGCUACUAGAGUUUUUGUUUUUCUACAAAUAUUUAAAUAAAUAUGCUUCAAACGCCUGCUUUAAAAUUUGUGAAUCCACGUUAUGGUCAAUUAAUUAUUGGCCCACCUGGUUCUGGCAAAACCACUUACUGUCAUCAUGCCUACAACUUUUAUAAAGAAUUGGGACGUGAUACUGGUGUCGUCAAUCUUGAUCCGGCUAACGAGAAUAUGGAAUACAAUCCAGUUAUCGAUGUAAUGCAACUUAUCACAGUUGAAGACGUUAUGGAGCAAUAUCAUCUCGGACCCAAUGGUGCGCUCAUGUAUUGUAUAGAAUUCCUGGAAGCACAUCUUGAAGAUUGGUUUCUGCCUGAGUUACGCAAAGCUGCCGCAACCUGCAAUUACUUCCUUUUUGAUUGUGCCGGACAAGUAGAACUUUACACACAUCAUACCGCCAUGGCCAGAAUAUUCGAGCGACUCCAAAAGGAAGGCUAUCAUUUGGUCACAGUAAAUCUAAUCGAUUCUCACUACUGUUCAGAGGCAACAAAAUUCGUAUCAACGCUGCUACUUGCCUUGAACAUGAUGCUACGUAUGGGUUUACCACAUGUGAAUGUGCUUUCAAAGGCAGAUCUAUUGCGAAAACAUGAAUCAAAGCUGCAAUUCAAUUUAGAUUUCUAUACAGAUGUGCUGGACUUGAAAUAUUUACUAGAAUCGUUAGAUGACACGCCAACAAUGAAAAAAUAUCGCAAACUGAACGAAGCCAUCUGCUCGAUGGUGGAAGAUUAUGCUUUGGUAACAUUUCAACUGCUUAAUGCGCGCAGCAAAGCGAGUAUGUUGCGACUACGCAAUCAUAUCGAUAAGGCGAAUGGUUAUAUCUAUAAGGCGGGUGAAGAGACGGCAGUGAAUUCACUGAUGGCAUGUGCAGUGGGUGCAGAAGCGGAGGCGAUGCGUCAAGCAAGCGAUAUUGAUCCCUAUGUGGCGUGAGGGUUUUCUAGUAUUUAUGAUAGUUUAAGAGAAAUACACAAUUGAAUAAAUUUUAAUUUUACUUUA